AUGGAGUCUAUGUCUUCUGAAAGCAUCCAGUACACUAAUGACGAAGCCACUGCUACGAAGGCCUAUGCCGUAAGAGUCGGUUACUGGAGUGAUCCAUACAUUAAAAUUUUUUGUCCAAUUCCAUCUUCGUCAACACCAGAAAUCAGCCGUGGAUAUUAUGUUCGUGUUAAAGCGUUUGAAGCAAUAGUAAAUCGCUUUAUUCAGGAAUGCAACCGUGUGUGUCAGAUCGUAAAUCUUGGUGCUGGUUCGGACACUCUUUUCUUUCGGCUAAAAGAUAAAGACCUUCUCCCCAAGGUCUACGUUGAGCUGGAUCUUCCUGGAAAUGUCAGAAAGAAGAUUUUUACACUGCAGCGAAAUAAAGUACUUCAAGCCGCUUUGCCUACUGGCGAUUCAGCUUUUCCACCAUCUGCUGUACCAAAGGAUAGGAUCUCUUUUGGGUGUUAUCACUUACUUAGCUUUGACCUCAAGGCAUCCCCUUCUUCGUUAAUUAGUUUGCUGUGUGACUCCUCUGAUGGGCCAUCCCUUUCACCUGCCCUUCCUACCCUUUUUCUCGCUGAAUGUGUCCUCGUCUAUAUUCCUACUGAGUUCUCGAAUUCUCUUCUCUCUGCUCUCUCAAAUAAAUUCCGACAGGCUGCCUUCUUAAACUACGAACAGGUCAAUAUGCAGGACAAAUUCGGUGAAAUUAUGCAAAGUCACUUCCGUGACAGAUCCUGUGAAUUACCUGGUCUCGCAGCAUGUGGAUCGCUGGAGGAGCAAAGGUCUCGAUUCAUAAAUAAUGGCUGGGCCGAAGUGCGUGCAUGGACCAUCAACGAAGUUUUUUCUUCCUUUCCCCAAGACGCCAUAUCAAGGAUCAGUCAAUUGGAGAUGCUGGAUGAUACGGAAAUAACGCAACAGUUGUACGAUCACUAUUGCAUCGUACUAGCCACCAAUACUGCAGCGAUUUGUCAAUGGAUUUCGCUGAAAAUGGCCCUCUCAGACUUGGAAUAG